AUGUUCGAAGGUGUUGACGAUUCGCGAUUGAAAACACUUAACCCUUUUGUAGACGAUGACGGCGUUAUUCGUCUAAAGACCAAAGUGUUUAAUAGUACUGAUAAUUAUAAUUUCAGGUGCCCAGUAGUGUUAAGCCCUGAACAUAAAAUGGUAAAAAGGUUGAUCCGACAACGUCAUGAAGAUUUGUACCAUGCAGGAGUACAAACCACCAUAAAUGUUAUCCGCGAAGAGUAUUGGGUUUUGUCAGCCAGGCGAGCAGUUAGAACGGUUAUAAAAUCGUGUGUAAAGUGCCAGAGGUAUAACGCCACUAAAGUCGAAGUGAACACUCCGCCGCUACCGCUAAAUAGAGUACGAGAUGCUGCAAUCUUUGAGGUCGUAGGUGUGGACCUCGCAGGUCCUUUAUACUUACAGGAAGGACAGAAAGCUCGUGGACGACCAUCCUGCAUUUAUAGCGAUCAGGGGACUAAUCUGGUUGGAGCAGGGAACCUUUUCAAGAAGUUAGACUGGGAUAAGAUACAGGAACGAGGUUCUGCAUACAAAAUAGAAUGGAGAUUCAACCCUCCUUCAGCUCCAUGGUGGGGUGGAUUUUGGGAAAGGCUAAUUCGUCUGUUAAAGCAGUUAUUGAGAAAAGUACUAGGACGAAUUUCGUUAUCGUAUGAAGAGUUAAUUACGGUGCUGAUAGAUUGUGAAGCUGUCAUCAAUGCUCGGCCGAUUACAUAUCUGAGCGCUGAUAGUAACGAUUUAGCUCCACUCACUCCAUCCAUGUUUCUGCAAGAAGUACCGGAAAUCGGCAUUCCUGACUGUGAUUAUAUUGCCCGUAAACAUUUAUGCCGAAACUUGAAAUAUCGUCAGCAGUUAACCAAAGACUUACGUCAGCGUUUUCGCUCUGAAUAUUUGGGUUCUUUGUUCUACGCUGCAAAUUCUAAUAAAGCCACGAGAAACCUUAGAGUCGGUGAAUUGGUUUUGAUUGGUGACGAUAAUCAGAAGAGAGCAGAUUGGCCUUUAGCAAGAAUUUUGGAAUUGUAUCCAGGAAAAGAUGGGGUGUGUCGUGUAGCCAAGUUACGCACAGCUAAAGGAGAAUUGUCGAGGCCAAUUCAACGUAUUUACCCGUUAGAAGUAGAUUUAGUUAUCGGAAAAGGAGAGUCUGAAAAAGAGAUUGUGCGACCCAUUAAGAGUCUGGAGUCGGACAAUAAGUCAGAGCCAGCAGAGGAUAUAAAAGUAAAGACAAGACUUGGAAGAUUGGUGAAGAAACCAAAUAGGUUAAAUCUUUAA